CUGGCCGCGGGGGCUCCGCCGUGCACCAGCUGAGCGAGGAGCUGCGCGGCGCCCUGCGUGACGCCCGCGUGGCGCCGGGCCCGGGCGUCGCCCAGGGCCAGAGCGUCUCGGUCUGGGAGCUCCUCUUCUACCGGGAGGUGCCCGAGGGCGAGCGGCAGGACCUGCUGCGCAGGUACCGGGCGGGCUCGCUGACCGCGCACGAGGUGGGCGCCGCCCUCACCGCGCUGCUGGCCCGUCGCGACCCCGCGAGCCCGGGCGCGCGCCCCCCGGACCCCCGAGGGGCCCUGCGUGCCGCCACCAUGGAGGUCAACUACGUGAGCGGCGCCACGCGGGAGCAGCUGCUGGCCGGGUUCGGCUCGGGGGCGCUGGGCUUGGCCGCGCUGACCCGCAGGCUGACCACCAUCAUCGAGGAGGUGGAGGCGGCCGGCGGGCCCGAGCGCGCCCCGGGCGACGCCGCCGGCGUCCAGCAGGAGCCGCGGCCGGCCGGGCCCGGCGGCAGCGACGGCGGCAGGGGCGCGGGACCCUCCCCCGGCGAGGCGGCCACCGAGCCCGCCGGCGGCCCCCAGGAGCAGGCCCUGCGUGCCGCCACCAUGGAGGUGCAGGCCGGGCCGUUGCGCGGGCAGCGGCCCUCCGUGUGGGACGUCCUCUUCUCCUCCUACCUGAGCCGGGCCCGGCGGGACGAGCUCCUGGCCCAGCACGCGGCCGGCGCCCUGGCGCUGCCGGGCCUGGUGGCCAUCCUCACCCGGGCGGUGGAGGAGGCGGAGGAGCGGCUGAGCAAGGUGACCUUCCGCGGCCUGCGGCGCCAGGUGUCGGCCUCCGAGCUGCGCUCGUCCGGGAUCCUGGGCCCCGAGACCCUGCGCGACCUGGCCCAGGGCACCAAGACCCCGCAGGAGGUGACCGAGAUGGACUCGGUCAAGCGCUACCUGCGCGGCACGAGCUGCAUCGCGGGCGUGCUGGUGCCCGCCAAGGACGAGCCCGGGCGGCAGGAGAAGAUGAGCGUCUACCAGGCCAUGUGGAAGGGCGUCCUGCGGCCCGGCACGGCCCUGGUGCUGCUCGAGGCGCAGGCGGCCACGGGCUUCCUCAUCGACCCCGUGCGCAACCAGGGGCUCACCGUGGAGGAGGCGGUGGCCGCGGGCCUGGUGGGCGGCGAGAUCCAGGACAAGCUGCUGUCGGCCGAGCGCGCCGUCACCGGCUACACCGACCCCUACACCGGCGAGCAGAUCUCGCUCUUCCAGGCCAUGCAGAAGGAGCUCAUCGUGCGCGACCACGGCAUCCGCCUGCUGGAGGCCCAGGUCGCCACGGGCGGCAUCAUCGACCCGGUGCACAGCCACCGGCUGCCCGUGGACGUGGCCUACCAGCGCGGCUACUUCGACGAGGAGAUGAACCGCGUGCUGGCCGACCCGAGCGACGACACCAAGGGCUUCUUCGACCCCAACACGCACGAGAACCUCACGUACGUGCAGCUGCUGCGCCGCUGCGUGCUCGACCCCGACACGGGGCUCUACAUGCUGCAGCUGGCCGCGGGGGGCUCCGCCGUGCACCAGCUGAGCGAGGAGCUGCGCGGCGCCCUGCGUGACGCCCGCGUGGCGCCGGGCCCGGGCGUCGCCCAGGGCCAGAGCGUCUCGGUCUGGGAGCUCCUCUUCUACCGGGAGGUGCCCGAGGGCGAGCGGCAGGACCUGCUGCGCAGGUACCGGGCGGGCUCGCUGACCGCGCACGAGGUGGGCGCCGCCCUCACCGCGCUGCUGGCCCGUCGCGACCCCGCGAGCCCGGGCGCGCGCCCCCCGGACCCCCGAGGGGCCCUGCGUGCCGCCACCAUGGAGGUCAAGCUGGGCCGCCUGCGGGGGCCGGCGGUGCCCGUGUGGGACGUGCUGGCGUCCAGCUACGUGAGCGGCGCCACGCGGGAGCAGCUGCUGGCCGGGUUCGGCUCGGGGGCGCUGGGCUUGGCCGCGCUGACCCGCAGGCUGACCACCAUCAUCGAGGAGGUGGAGGCGGCCGGCGGGCCCGAGCGCGCCCCGGGCGACGCCGCCGGCGUCCAGCAGGAGCCGCGGCCGGCCGGGCCCGGCGGCAGCGACGGCGGCAGGGGCGCGGGACCCUCCCCCGGCGAGGCGGCCACCGAGCCCGCCGGCGGCCCCCAGGAGCAGGCCCUGCGUGCCGCCACCAUGGAGGUGCAGGCCGGGCCGUUGCGCGGGCAGCGGCCCUCCGUGUGGGACGUCCUCUUCUCCUCCUACCUGAGCCGGGCCCGGCGGGACGAGCUCCUGGCCCAGCACGCGGCCGGCGCCCUGGCGCUGCCGGGCCUGGUGGCCAUCCUCACCCGGGCGGUGGAGGAGGCGGAGGAGCGGCUGAGCAAGGUGACCUUCCGCGGCCUGCGGCGCCAGGUGUCGGCCUCCGAGCUGCGCUCGUCCGGGAUCCUGGGCCCCGAGACCCUGCGCGACCUGGCCCAGGGCACCAAGACCCCGCAGGAGGUGACCGAGAUGGACUCGGUCAAGCGCUACCUGCGCGGCACGAGCUGCAUCGCGGGCGUGCUGGUGCCCGCCAAGGACGAGCCCGGGCGGCAGGAGAAGAUGAGCGUCUACCAGGCCAUGUGGAAGGGCGUCCUGCGGCCCGGCACGGCCCUGGUGCUGCUCGAGGCGCAGGCGGCCACGGGCUUCCUCAUCGACCCCGUGCGCAACCAGGGGCUCACCGUGGAGGAGGCGGUGGCCGCGGGCCUGGUGGGCGGCGAGAUCCAGGACAAGCUGCUGUCGGCCGAGCGCGCCGUCACCGGCUACACCGACCCCUACACCGGCGAGCAGAUCUCGCUCUUCCAGGCCAUGCAGAAGGAGCUCAUCGUGCGCGACCACGGCAUCCGCCUGCUGGAGGCCCAGGUCGCCACGGGCGGCAUCAUCGACCCGGUGCACAGCCACCGGCUGCCCGUGGACGUGGCCUACCAGCGCGGCUACUUCGACGAGGAGAUGAACCGCGUGCUGGCCGACCCGAGCGACGACACCAAGGGCUUCUUCGACCCCAACACGCACGAGAACCUCACGUACGUGCAGCUGCUGCGCCGCUGCGUGCUCGACCCCGACACGGGGCUCUACAUGCUGCAGCUGGCCGGGGGCUCCGCCGUGCACCAGCUGAGCGAGGAGCUGCGCGGCGCCCUGCGUGACGCCCGCGUGGCGCCGGGCCCGGGCGUCGCCCAGGGCCAGAGCGUCUCGGUCUGGGAGCUCCUCUUCUACCGGGAGGUGCCCGAGGGCGAGCGGCAGGACCUGCUGCGCAGGUACCGGGCGGGCUCGCUGACCGCGCACGAGGUGGGCGCCGCCCUCACCGCGCUGCUGGCCCGUCGCGACCCCGCGAGCCCGGGCGCGCGCCCCCCGGACCCCCGAGGGGCCCUGCGUGCCGCCACCAUGGAGGUCAAGCUGGGCCGCCUGCGGGGGCCGGCGGUGCCCGUGUGGGACGUGCUGGCGUCCAGCUACGUGAGCGGCGCCACGCGGGAGCAGCUGCUGGCCGGGUUCGGCUCGGGGGCGCUGGGCUUGGCCGCGCUGACCCGCAGGCUGACCACCAUCAUCGAGGAGGUGGAGGCGGCCGGCGGGCCCGAGCGCGCCCCGGGCGACGCCGCCGGCGUCCAGCAGGAGCCGCGGCCGGCCGGGCCCGGCGGCAGCGACGGCGGCAGGGGCGCGGGACCCUCCCCCGGCGAGGCGGCCACCGAGCCCGCCGGCGGCCCCCAGGAGCAGGCCCUGCGUGCCGCCACCAUGGAGGUGCAGGCCGGGCCGUUGCGCGGGCAGCGGCCCUCCGUGUGGGACGUCCUCUUCUCCUCCUACCUGAGCCGGGCCCGGCGGGACGAGCUCCUGGCCCAGCACGCGGCCGGCGCCCUGGCGCUGCCGGGCCUGGUGGCCAUCCUCACCCGGGCGGUGGAGGAGGCGGAGGAGCGGCUGAGCAAGGUGACCUUCCGCGGCCUGCGGCGCCAGGUGUCGGCCUCCGAGCUGCGCUCGUCCGGGAUCCUGGGCCCCGAGACCCUGCGCGACCUGGCCCAGGGCACCAAGACCCCGCAGGAGGUGACCGAGAUGGACUCGGUCAAGCGCUACCUGCGCGGCACGAGCUGCAUCGCGGGCGUGCUGGUGCCCGCCAAGGACGAGCCCGGGCGGCAGGAGAAGAUGAGCGUCUACCAGGCCAUGUGGAAGGGCGUCCUGCGGCCCGGCACGGCCCUGGUGCUGCUCGAGGCGCAGGCGGCCACGGGCUUCCUCAUCGACCCCGUGCGCAACCAGGGGCUCACCGUGGAGGAGGCGGUGGCCGCGGGCCUGGUGGGCGGCGAGAUCCAGGACAAGCUGCUGUCGGCCGAGCGCGCCGUCACCGGCUACACCGACCCCUACACCGGCGAGCAGAUCUCGCUCUUCCAGGCCAUGCAGAAGGAGCUCAUCGUGCGCGACCACGGCAUCCGCCUGCUGGAGGCCCAGGUCGCCACGGGCGGCAUCAUCGACCCGGUGCACAGCCACCGGCUGCCCGUGGACGUGGCCUACCAGCGCGGCUACUUCGACGAGGAGAUGAACCGCGUGCUGGCCGACCCGAGCGACGACACCAAGGGCUUCUUCGACCCCAACACGCACGAGAACCUCACGUACGUGCAGCUGCUGCGCCGCUGCGUGCUCGACCCCGACACGGGGCUCUACAUGCUGCAGCUGGCCGGGGGCUCCGCCGUGCACCAGCUGAGCGAGGAGCUGCGCGGCGCCCUGCGUGACGCCCGCGUGGCGCCGGGCCCGGGCGUCGCCCAGGGCCAGAGCGUCUCGGUCUGGGAGCUCCUCUUCUACCGGGAGGUGCCCGAGGGCGAGCGGCAGGACCUGCUGCGCAGGUACCGGGCGGGCUCGCUGACCGCGCACGAGGUGGGCGCCGCCCUCACCGCGCUGCUGGCCCGUCGCGACCCCGCGAGCCCGGGCGCGCGCCCCCCGGACCCCCGAGGGGCCCUGCGUGCCGCCACCAUGGAGGUCAAGCUGGGCCGCCUGCGGGGGCCGGCGGUGCCCGUGUGGGACGUGCUGGCGUCCAGCUACGUGAGCGGCGCCACGCGGGAGCAGCUGCUGGCCGGGUUCGGCUCGGGGGCGCUGGGCUUGGCCGCGCUGACCCGCAGGCUGACCACCAUCAUCGAGGAGGUGGAGGCGGCCGGCGGGCCCGAGCGCGCCCCGGGCGACGCCGCCGGCGUCCAGCAGGAGCCGCGGCCGGCCGGGCCCGGCGGCAGCGACGGCGGCAGGGGCGCGGGACCCUCCCCCGGCGAGGCGGCCACCGAGCCCGCCGGCGGCCCCCAGGAGCAGGCCCUGCGUGCCGCCACCAUGGAGGUGCAGGCCGGGCCGUUGCGCGGGCAGCGGCCCUCCGUGUGGGACGUCCUCUUCUCCUCCUACCUGAGCCGGGCCCGGCGGGACGAGCUCCUGGCCCAGCACGCGGCCGGCGCCCUGGCGCUGCCGGGCCUGGUGGCCAUCCUCACCCGGGCGGUGGAGGAGGCGGAGGAGCGGCUGAGCAAGGUGACCUUCCGCGGCCUGCGGCGCCAGGUGUCGGCCUCCGAGCUGCGCUCGUCCGGGAUCCUGGGCCCCGAGACCCUGCGCGACCUGGCCCAGGGCACCAAGACCCCGCAGGAGGUGACCGAGAUGGACUCGGUCAAGCGCUACCUGCGCGGCACGAGCUGCAUCGCGGGCGUGCUGGUGCCCGCCAAGGACGAGCCCGGGCGGCAGGAGAAGAUGAGCGUCUACCAGGCCAUGUGGAAGGGCGUCCUGCGGCCCGGCACGGCCCUGGUGCUGCUCGAGGCGCAGGCGGCCACGGGCUUCCUCAUCGACCCCGUGCGCAACCAGGGGCUCACCGUGGAGGAGGCGGUGGCCGCGGGCCUGGUGGGCGGCGAGAUCCAGGACAAGCUGCUGUCGGCCGAGCGCGCCGUCACCGGCUACACCGACCCCUACACCGGCGAGCAGAUCUCGCUCUUCCAGGCCAUGCAGAAGGAGCUCAUCGUGCGCGACCACGGCAUCCGCCUGCUGGAGGCCCAGGUCGCCACGGGCGGCAUCAUCGACCCGGUGCACAGCCACCGGCUGCCCGUGGACGUGGCCUACCAGCGCGGCUACUUCGACGAGGAGAUGAACCGCGUGCUGGCCGACCCGAGCGACGACACCAAGGGCUUCUUCGACCCCAACACGCACGAGAACCUCACGUACGUGCAGCUGCUGCGCCGCUGCGUGCUCGACCCCGACACGGGGCUCUACAUGCUGCAGCUGGCCGGGGGCUCCGCCGUGCACCAGCUGAGCGAGGAGCUGCGCGGCGCCCUGCGUGACGCCCGCGUGGCGCCGGGCCCGGGCGUCGCCCAGGGCCAGAGCGUCUCGGUCUGGGAGCUCCUCUUCUACCGGGAGGUGCCCGAGGGCGAGCGGCAGGACCUGCUGCGCAGGUACCGGGCGGGCUCGCUGACCGCGCACGAGGUGGGCGCCGCCCUCACCGCGCUGCUGGCCCGUCGCGACCCCGCGAGCCCGGGCGCGCGCCCCCCGGACCCCCGAGGGGCCCUGCGUGCCGCCACCAUGGAGGUCAAGCUGGGCCGCCUGCGGGGCCCGGUGCCCGUGUGGGACGUGCUGGCGUCCAGCUACGUGAGCGGCGCCACGCGGGAGCAGCUGCUGGCCGGGUUCGGCUCGGGGGCGCUGGGCUUGGCCGCGCUGACCCGCAGGCUGACCACCAUCAUCGAGGAGGUGGAGGCGGCCGGCGGGCCCGAGCGCGCCCCGGGCGACGCCGCCGGCGUCCAGCAGGAGCCGCGGCCGGCCGGGCCCGGCGGCAGCGACGGCGGCAGGGGCGCGGGACCCUCCCCCGGCGAGGCGGCCACCGAGCCCGCCGGCGGCCCCCAGGAGCAGGCCCUGCGUGCCGCCACCAUGGAGGUGCAGGCCGGGCCGUUGCGCGGGCAGCGGCCCUCCGUGUGGGACGUCCUCUUCUCCUCCUACCUGAGCCGGGCCCGGCGGGACGAGCUCCUGGCCCAGCACGCGGCCGGCGCCCUGGCGCUGCCGGGCCUGGUGGCCAUCCUCACCCGGGCGGUGGAGGAGGCGGAGGAGCGGCUGAGCAAGGUGACCUUCCGCGGCCUGCGGCGCCAGGUGUCGGCCUCCGAGCUGCGCUCGUCCGGGAUCCUGGGCCCCGAGACCCUGCGCGACCUGGCCCAGGGCACCAAGACCCCGCAGGAGGUGACCGAGAUGGACUCGGUCAAGCGCUACCUGCGCGGCACGAGCUGCAUCGCGGGCGUGCUGGUGCCCGCCAAGGACGAGCCCGGGCGGCAGGAGAAGAUGAGCGUCUACCAGGCCAUGUGGAAGGGCGUCCUGCGGCCCGGCACGGCCCUGGUGCUGCUCGAGGCGCAGGCGGCCACGGGCUUCCUCAUCGACCCCGUGCGCAACCAGGGGCUCACCGUGGAGGAGGCGGUGGCCGCGGGCCUGGUGGGCGGCGAGAUCCAGGACAAGCUGCUGUCGGCCGAGCGCGCCGUCACCGGCUACACCGACCCCUACACCGGCGAGCAGAUCUCGCUCUUCCAGGCCAUGCAGAAGGAGCUCAUCGUGCGCGACCACGGCAUCCGCCUGCUGGAGGCCCAGGUCGCCACGGGCGGCAUCAUCGACCCGGUGCACAGCCACCGGCUGCCCGUGGACGUGGCCUACCAGCGCGGCUACUUCGACGAGGAGAUGAACCGCGUGCUGGCCGACCCGAGCGACGACACCAAGGGCUUCUUCGACCCCAACACGCACGAGAACCUCACGUACGUGCAGCUGCUGCGCCGCUGCGUGCUCGACCCCGACACGGGGCUCUACAUGCUGCAGCUGGCCGGGGGCUCCGCCGUGCACCAGCUGAGCGAGGAGCUGCGCGGCGCCCUGCGUGACGCCCGCGUGGCGCCGGGCCCGGGCGUCGCCCAGGGCCAGAGCGUCUCGGUCUGGGAGCUCCUCUUCUACCGGGAGGUGCCCGAGGGCGAGCGGCAGGACCUGCUGCGCAGGUACCGGGCGGGCUCGCUGACCGCGCACGAGGUGGGCGCCGCCCUCACCGCGCUGCUGGCCCGUCGCGACCCCGCGAGCCCGGGCGCGCGCCCCCCGGACCCCCGAGGGGCCCUGCGUGCCGCCACCAUGGAGGUCAAGCUGGGCCGCCUGCGGGGGCCGGCGGUGCCCGUGUGGGACGUGCUGGCGUCCAGCUACGUGAGCGGCGCCACGCGGGAGCAGCUGCUGGCCGGGUUCGGCUCGGGGGCGCUGGGCUUGGCCGCGCUGACCCGCAGGCUGACCACCAUCAUCGAGGAGGUGGAGGCGGCCGGCGGGCCCGAGCGCGCCCCGGGCGACGCCGCCGGCGUCCAGCAGGAGCCGCGGCCGGCCGGGCCCGGCGGCAGCGACGGCGGCAGGGGCGCGGGACCCUCCCCCGGCGAGGCGGCCACCGAGCCCGCCGGCGGCCCCCAGGAGCAGGCCCUGCGUGCCGCCACCAUGGAGGUGCAGGCCGGGCCGUUGCGCGGGCAGCGGCCCUCCGUGUGGGACGUCCUCUUCUCCUCCUACCUGAGCCGGGCCCGGCGGGACGAGCUCCUGGCCCAGCACGCGGCCGGCGCCCUGGCGCUGCCGGGCCUGGUGGCCAUCCUCACCCGGGCGGUGGAGGAGGCGGAGGAGCGGCUGAGCAAGGUGACCUUCCGCGGCCUGCGGCGCCAGGUGUCGGCCUCCGAGCUGCGCUCGUCCGGGAUCCUGGGCCCCGAGACCCUGCGCGACCUGGCCCAGGGCACCAAGACCCCGCAGGAGGUGACCGAGAUGGACUCGGUCAAGCGCUACCUGCGCGGCACGAGCUGCAUCGCGGGCGUGCUGGUGCCCGCCAAGGACGAGCCCGGGCGGCAGGAGAAGAUGAGCGUCUACCAGGCCAUGUGGAAGGGCGUCCUGCGGCCCGGCACGGCCCUGGUGCUGCUCGAGGCGCAGGCGGCCACGGGCUUCCUCAUCGACCCCGUGCGCAACCAGGGGCUCACCGUGGAGGAGGCGGUGGCCGCGGGCCUGGUGGGCGGCGAGAUCCAGGACAAGCUGCUGUCGGCCGAGCGCGCCGUCACCGGCUACACCGACCCCUACACCGGCGAGCAGAUCUCGCUCUUCCAGGCCAUGCAGAAGGAGCUCAUCGUGCGCGACCACGGCAUCCGCCUGCUGGAGGCCCAGGUCGCCACGGGCGGCAUCAUCGACCCGGUGCACAGCCACCGGCUGCCCGUGGACGUGGCCUACCAGCGCGGCUACUUCGACGAGGAGAUGAACCGCGUGCUGGCCGACCCGAGCGACGACACCAAGGGCUUCUUCGACCCCAACACGCACGAG